UAAUUCAUUCAUGUUUAAACGAGAAAACGUGUAAUAUCGAAAUGUUGAAAGUGAUUUUACGAUUCAUAAUAAAUUAAUCUGCACAUAAUUUAAAACAUCUCAUACGGUUCUAUUUAUCCAAAGUUAUACGCUCUUGUUUAUUUGGUCAAUGGUUUCCACAUAUUUAUAGUAAAGUCAAAAUAUUGUUUUCUGGAAAAACAUUAUUUUUUUAUAGCCUAUACUUUUAACAGUGUAGUGUAUAAAAUGGGGGACAGUAGUUCUACACCAUCUGAAUCAGAACAUGAAUCGGAAAAUAGUGAUUUUUCUGAAUCAGAAAAUGAAGUGGAAAAAAGUGAUUUCCAGUAUGGCUGCUCUCAUUAUAGCAGAAAAUGUUCGUUUGUAAGUCCAUGUUGUGGUAAAAUUUACACUUGUAGAAUUUGCCACGAUGAUGAAAUUACAUUACAUAACUUGGAUCGUCACUCGGUUAAAGAAAUUAUUUGUUCUGAAUGUAAAGAAAAACAAUUCGUUUCAAAUAAGUGUAGAAAAUGUGGAAUACAAUUCGGAAAGUAUUUUUGUUCAAUAUGUAACCUAUAUGAUGAUAAAGAGAAAGGCCAAUUUCAUUGCGAUGGUUGUGGAAUAUGCAGAGUUGGUGGAAAAGAUAACUUUUUCCACUGUCAUACUUGUGGACUAUGUCUACCUCUAGAAAAAAGGGAACACAAGUGUGUGGAAAAAGCUUCACGAACAAACUGUCCUGUGUGCAUGGAAGACCUUCAUACAUCGAGAGAAAAUGCCCAUAUCCCCCACUGUGGUCAUCUCAUACACAACUCUUGUUAUAAAAAACUGCUAAGAAUGGGAGACUACAGAUGUCCAAUAUGUGGAGUCUCUACUGUUUCAAUGAAAAAUACUUGGACAAUGAUUGAUGAAGAAAUAGCCAACACACCAAUGCCACCAGAGUAUGCAGAUCAUAAAGUGUGGAUUCUCUGCAGAGAUUGCCAAGAGGUGUCCGAAGUAAAAUUCCAUGUACUUGGUCUAAAAUGCAUGAAGUGCAAUUCCUACAACACAUGUGGGGCCUCAGCACCUGAAACAACUACUGUUAAAUAGUUAUGUGUAGUUGGUAGUAUUAUGUAUAUGGAGUCUGCAAUUAAUUUGUGGAAAUUUUACUGAACAGAAUACAAAACCUUUACCUGUUAAAUGAAAUAUACAAGUGAUUUGUCUUUUUUUUUCUGGUGUAGUACUCAACAUAUACAAAUACAAUACAACAGUAUUUCUUUGACGAUUAAAAACCUUUUUUUUUCCGAAGUACGACAACAGAACAGUUAUUAGACAAUAUUCACCAUUUAAAUUUAUGUAACUGUAAGAUAUAUCCCAUUUCCAAAUGGCCUUUUUACAAUAAACCAAACAAGGACGUC